AUGAAGUCCGGCUCGGCCUCCAACAAGGUGGUGUUAUACUGGCAUCGGACUGAUCUGCGACUUCACGACUCCCCAGCACUCCACGCUGCGUUGGCCUUGAACCCGUCUGUGUUCAUCCCGAUCUGGACCUGGGAUCCUCACUACGUCUACCGGUCCCGAGUUGGCCCCAACCGAUGGAGGUUUCUCUUGGAGUGCCAGAGCGACUUAUCCCACUCAUACUCCCAGCUCAAUUCCAAGCAGAAGCUGUGGGUCGUGCGGGAAGCACCGCUGACCGUCCUUCCAAAGCUCUGGAAGCAAUGGGACAUCACCCAUCUCGUGUUCGAGAAGGAUACGGACUCCUACGCACGCGACCGCGAUGACGCCGUCCUGCGUCUGGCCCACGAAGCUGGGGUUGAGGUGAUUGUGAAAAUGGGACGAAAUCUGUUCGACCCAGAUGAGUUGGUGAGGAAGAAUGGCGGCAAGCCGACGAUGAGCAUAAGCCAAGUCGAAAAGGCCGCUGGACAGAUCAAUCAUGCGCAGCCAGACCAGCCGUGGGACACGCCGAAGAGCAUCCCCCACCCAUGGGAGCAAGACAAGAUGGACCUCGGAAGCAUGGAACAUGAGAUUGCAGAGCCCACGCCCGACCUUAAUUCAAAUCAUCGCAUUGCCAAAGAUACACAAUACAGCCUCAUCAUGGGCCCCAAGAACGACUUUGCCGUGCCGACAAUGGAGGAAAUCGGCAUCGAUUCCUCUCUGGCGAUCAGUCCCCAUCGGGGCGGCGAGUCCGUGGCCUUGACGAUGCUGAGCAACUACAUCCAAGACGAUGAAUACAUCGGCACAUUCGAGAAGCCCAAGACCUCCCCCGCCGCCUUCGAGCCCCAGUCCACGACUCUGCUCUCUCCGCACCUGCACUUCGGCACACUCUCAGUUCGGAAAUUCUGGUGGGACGUCCAAGGCGAUCUGAACAAGCGCAAGCAAGAAAAGAAGCCCAACGCAACCAUCCCCACAAAUCUGCUCGGCCAAUUACUCUUCCGCGACAUGUACUUUGCCGCCCAAGCCGCGGUCGGCGAACCAUUCUCGCGAACAUACGGCAACAAAGCCGUCCGCUUCAUCGACUGGCACUUACAAUCGGAGCCCCAGCAAGGCGCAGACAACGUGCUGCCCGCGCGCGCGUACGAAAUCGACUCUGCCGAGGCGGAGGAAUGGUUCCAACGGUGGAAGACAGGCCGAACCGGCUUCCCUUGGAUCGACGCGCUGAUGCGCCAGUUGAAACAAGAAGGUUGGAUCCACCACCUCGGCCGGCACAGCGUGGCGUGUUUUUUGACCCGCGGCGGGUGCUACGUGAGCUGGGAACGGGGCGCGGAGGUGUUUGAGGAACUGUUGAUCGACCAUGAGACGGCCUGUAAUGUGGGGAAUUGGAUGUGGCUGUCGUGCACCGCCUUCUUUUCCCAGUUCUACCGCUGCUACUCUCCUGUUGCCUUUGGGAAGAAGUGGGACCCGAGUGGCGAGUUUGUUCGCCGCUAUGUGCCCGAGCUGGCGAGGUUUGAUAAAAAGUUCAUCUAUGAGCCUUGGAAGGCGCCGAUCGCCGAUCAGAAAAAGUGGGGGUGUAGGGUUACAAAUGACGACAGCGCCGGGGACGGACAGGUGUAUCCGAAGCCGAUGUUUGAUUUCGAUGAGCGGAGGCAGGUUUGCAUGGAUCGGAUGAAGAACGCGUAUGAUGUGGGAUUACAUGGGGCUGACGAGCAGGUCUUGAAUGGGUCUUGGAGGCAGCUGUUUGGGGAGGAUGGGGACGACCAUCAGGGGCCAAAGGCAAAAAAGCAGAAGACCCUGGAGGGAGAUUGA